GCCAAAACUUGUCAAGCAUUACAUAGCAUAAACAGAACAAUCCAUCUAAUACAGAAGAAGCAAGGCAAUCAUGAGUUGUUCGUUCACAGAGGAGCAAGAAGCUCUGGUGGUGAAGUCAUGGAGUGUGAUGAAGAAGAAUGCUGCUGAUCUUGCCCUCAAAUUCUUCCUCAAGAUAUUUGAGAUUGCACCAUCUGCACAGAAGUUGUUCCCAUUCCUGAGAGACUCGGAUCUUCCUGUUGAGAAGAACCCUAAGCUCAAGCCUCAUGCCAUGGCUGUCUUCCUCAUGACAUGUGAGUCAGCAGUGCAGCUGAGAAAAUCUGGCAAAGUUACAGUUAGAGAAUCCAGCUUGAAAAAAUUGGGCGCCACGCAUUUCAAAUACGGUGUCGUUGAUGAGCAUUUUGAGGUGACGAAGUUUGCCCUACUGGAGACCAUAAAAGAAGCAGUGGGAGAAAUGUGGUCAGCAGAAAUGAAAGGAGCUUGGGGAGAAGCUUAUGACCAACUGGUUGCUGCUAUCAAAACUGAAAUGAAGCCCUCUUCUUCUUCUUCUUCUUCUUAGACACCCAAUAAAACUCCGGCAACCCAAUGUUGAAUGUUCUCCAGUCAGAUUAUUAUUACCAUGUAUCAAAAUAAUUAGAUUGUAAGUUGUUGGAAGCAAUUUGGAAAAGGAAAUGGAACCAUGGUUAACAACAGGGUACCUUAAUUUUGUUAUGUAUAAUCUAAGGUGAAUUGCAUCGAAUGCAUGAUAUUGAAUAUAUCGGAUUUUAGGUCAUAAUUCCAUACCCUAACACAUAAUUAGAUAUUCUAGUAAGUUGAAUGACGAAUCAAAAUUAUUGUUUCUAGAUAAAUUAAUCCAAGUAUAUAGUAUUUAGAGAAUUAAACAUGAUUCUUUCUUAUAAAGAGUUUAUUGUAUAAUAUCACUUCAAAUUCAAUUAAUUUGAAAUUUAAAC